CCAAGAUUGAAAUGCAGGCCAGGCCAGCUUCGAAAUUGACGAUACGGAAACCAGAUAGUGGUGUAUCUAAUACGACAUAUGCCACACUCUGCAAGCUCGUUUUGCGGAAGCGUAUGAGCCGUGUAUUAGUGCUCUCAUUGGUAUCUAAGAUAGCUAUUUUUGCAUUAUCUACUUCAAACGUUAGAGACGGCUUCAGCAUUAUUUUAUCACCAUUUGGAUUACAGAGAAUAUUAUUUGCUCUAUUAGCUUUCAUACUAGCAGAUAUUCCGGUCAUUAUAACCCGUAAAUUGGCCCUUCUAAGUUCGUUCUUCUAUGUCAACAACGCGUAUUCACUCACAAAACAAUCAGCAAAGUCUCAACCUGCUCCAGUUGGCCCUUCUAAACACCUUAAAGCACUCCUCCUCGAUCAGAAGACAUACAAUCUUGCAGUAACCUAUGCAUUCUCUGCAAUUGCAUAUGGCGCUGUCUAUAUCUCUUGCCUGAGUGCAUACGAGGACGAAGCUGGGUUCACACCCUUCACAUCCCACAUACGUCGUGGAUGGCAAUUCAAUGAGCGUUUUAUAUUCCUCUUCUUAAAUGCAGCUUUACUAGGCGCUGUAUACGCUCUCCGUCAACUUUGGAAUGAUCGCUUUGUCACUAGAUUCCCAUCUAAUCUUUCAUCGUCUAUUUCAUCAAGAGCACAAUCGCAUCUCAAAAGGAAUGUUCCUAUGGCUAUGAAAUUCGCCCUCAUUGUUGUUCUCACCGUGCUUUCGAGCUAUCUCCUCACCAAGAAAUCAAUUUAUAGGACAGUAGCAAGCCUUUCUUUGGCUACAUUUAGACCACACUUAUUCACACUUUUACGUCAAAAUAAUGUCACCUUCGGAUUAGUCUUACGCACUACAGUAUUCGCAUUAGGUUUAGUGUCGUCUUGGGAAGUUACAAACACAUUGUUCGAUAUCUACAGUGUUCAUCCAAUUAUUAUCUCAAAGAUAGCCCCAAAUCCAACAGAUUGUCUCAUAAGUGGAAUGCAAUCUACCGACUUCUACUACAAAUAUUUUGCGUAUUUAGAAUUCGUGAAGGUGUUCUCGAGUAGUCAAGAACGCCGUCAAGAAGUAUACAAGGAUAUACACAGGAAGCCAUCAUCAUGGGAUAAAAUCCUUUCUGUUGCUGUACAAGAGCUCGUUGAAGGACGUACGAAGGUGUUAACGAAGGGUGUUCCAACCAAUAAAACCCCAACAGUUGUUAAUAGUACACCUGACGCUACUACAAGCAGCAGUAAAUUGCGAGUUGUAGAUAAUCAAGAAAUAUUCAAACGUAAUCCUAAAUCAACGGUAGACAACUUCAUAGCGGAUGUACAAGUCGACAAGAAAGCAUCUAUGUUUUCAAAGCAAACUGAAAACGUUCCAGCUGAUCAAGGUAUUGGAUUUGAUAAAAUACUAUCACCGGAGAUAGUCAAAACACUCAAAAAUUCGAUCUAUGGUAAUGAGGAAUCUAACGUUAAUGCUAAAAUUAGAUUAUUAGCACCAGAUAUUAAAUUAGUUUCACUUUGUUCACUCGGUUUGGCUUAUCUCGGUGCUGCAUCUAUACAAGAGGAUGAAUUUGGUCUUAUUCAACACAAUAUACCGCAAGUAAUUCAUGAGGUUACAUCAACUUUAUUAACAUACGAAGAAUUACAAAUUGAUUUAGAAAAAUUAACCAAAAAUUCAAACCAUUUGAAGGAAUAUUCAACACGCGUUCAAGAAAUCCAAAAUGCGUUAUCUAUUUUAUUGUUUGCAUUCAAAGAUUACGUGAAAUCGUUCAACUUGGAUGAAAAAACUCAAAAGCGUGUUGAACUUGCAAUAAAAGAAAUGAAAUGAAAUAACUUAUUUAAUAAUAAUACAUGCAUAUUUAUGCUCUUAAUGAUAU